ACAGUUCCCUUAAACCAGAGCAGCCCAAGCAGUGAAUUCCCCAGCUACGGUGAGAACGGGAAUGACACCAAUUUGCUUGUUUCCCCCCUGCUGGUGGCUGGAGUGGUGAUCGGCCUGGUGCUGUUUCUGUCCUGCGCUACCAUCAUCGUGGGCAGCCUGCGGAAGGACGGGCGGCUCAGACACCCACAGCUGAGGAGAGAUGCUGUUUAUGCUCCAGAUGGCUUCUCUCAUGGUGGCUCUUCUGGAGAGCUGAGAUCCACCUGCACGGAGGAGUUUCCCCCAGCUUGUGAUUUUGGUUCCUAUCUGGAUAUACUAUCUCAGGUCAACAUCAUGUAUCCUGAUCCACCUCCACGCUAUGAUGAAUGUGUGGGGCCAGGAGCAACACAAAUAUAUAUUCCCACAGAUGAUCCCCCCCCAUAUUCUCUUACGGACCCUUAUCAAAGAAGUGAAAUAUCUAUAAAUAUCUACAUUAGCCAGGAAGAGGAAGCAGCAUCUGGGACUACAGGACAGGCUGCAAAUUAUGCAGUCAGGCUGCAGGACUUGCAGCAGCCCAUUUCAUCAUCUCUGUCAUCUCUCACUCUGGGGGCUGCCCCCCUGUACAGGACAGUGGUGUGUGAGCAGAAUAUCCCCAUCCCACUCGUUCCAACAGAACUACAGAACAAUUCUUCCACUGACUACCACACCCCAAACCACGUGAAUAAAACUGGCUCUUUCCUGCAAUUCUUCUGA